UUUGACCAACAAAACUACCAUUUUAGGAUCCUGUGAAUUUCUUCUAAGAGACGAAUCACUUCUUUAACUGAAAUUCCGGUUCUUACAAAUUCUCAGUCAGAUCUAUGUGCAUUGGAUAAAGCAACAGGAAGCAAGAAAAGAGAUAACAAAUCAUAAAACAGAAGAAAAAGUCAAAUUUAAACAAAUCAAAGAGAGAUUGCAAAGACAAGAAGAUGAAUAAAAAGCCAGUUAUUAAACCCAGCUAAGGUAAAGAAAAUACAAGAAGAACCAACAAAUGUAGAAUAGAAGGUCAAUCUGAAGGAUUAUCAUAAACUUAGGAGAUAGACAAACUGAUAAAAGAAUUCAGCUUAGGUGACAUGGCAGAGGAGCUUGAAAAUACAGCAAAGUAGUUAUUUAGAAUCCAUUUGAGUGGGGUUUCCAUCAGCAUCAAUGAUUCCUUAUGAGUAAAGGGUUUUGAAGAAUUAGUUGUCACCAGUUAGAUCAUCAAUGUGCUUCUUCUUUUCCUCAAUGAUGUUGGUAAAAUUUUCUAUCUCCAUUUUAAGAAUUUCAAAUUCUUCGCAGCCUGCUCAAGCUCCUCCUCGUUUAGCUCUGAAUUUCUCUCUUUUCUCCGAAGGUUCUUUUUGAGCAACUUAUAGUUUUUGCCCUUUCUCACUAAAAAUAGGAAUGAUUUCUAUCGCCAUACUUGCUACCAUCCAAGAAGACUUUAAGACUCCUGCAAUGUUAAACGAAAUAUUUAUGCUGAUAUUUCUUUCCUUCAAAAGUGUUUCUUUUCUUGCAUUCAAGACCUUCUUCACUUUUUCUUGGAACCCAUCUGGAUCUAAUGAGUUGCUUAUGGAAGUUAAUUAAAACAAAGAGAAUACAUAGAUUUCCGAGAAAAUAUUGUCAGAUACUUGCUUCUGCCAAUUGGAAGGUAGAUAGCGUUCACCAUCACACUUCUCAAUGAUGAACUUCAUCUAAUCAUCUGAUAUUAAACUUGCAAUGUGGGAUACACUACAGAAAUUCAGAUUUGAUGCUUACAGAGCCUAUAUUGCUACUCAAAAGAACCCUCAACCAAGAAUUAAAACCUCUUGUUCACCAAAUCAGAUAUCGCUGACGAAUUUCAUGGAUGCCUUCUUUUGAAAAGUAAGAUAUAUCCUCCCUCCACAGUCAGUAGUCUGUAAAUCUCAGAAUUCAAUUGUGCCUUUGUUCCUCCUGAUCUGGGUUAACUUCUUUAAAUUCCAUCUGUAUGUGCUUUUAGUAAUUUCCAAA